CAAAAUGGCAGCCGCGUACUGCGAGCACCCGAGCUGCUGGACCUCUCGGACUCCCGGGCCGCCCCCCUAUCGCUCCCUGCCCCCCUCCUUCGGCCUUCACCUAUACGCCUCCGGAUUGGCCGAUAAGAAUCCCGCCCCUUCAAGGCCCCGCCUGCUAUUGGUCACGGUCAUAUAAUCAAUGGAUAAAGUGGGGAAAAUGUGGAAUAACUUCAAAUACAGAUGUCAGAAUCUCUUCAGUCAUGAGGGAGGAAGCCGAAUUGAAAAUGUGGACAUGAACUCCAACAGAUGUUUGUCUGUCAAAGAGAAAAAUAUCAGUCUAGGAGACUCCGCUCCUCAGCAGCAAAGCAGUCCUUUAAGAGAAAAUGUUGCCUUACAAGUGGGACUAAGCCCUUCAAAGAAUCCUUCCAGAAGAAACCAAAAUUGUGCCGCUGAAAUCCCUCAGAUUGUUGAAAUAAGUAUUGAAAAGGAUAAUGAUUCAUGUGUCACUACCCCAGGAACAAGACUUGCACGAAGAGACUCCUAUUCUCGACAUGCGCCAUGGGGUGGGAAGAAAAAUCAUUCCUGUUCUACAAAGACACAGAGUUCACUGGAUGGUGAUAAAAAGUUUGGUAGAACUCGCAGUGGACUUCAGAGGAGAGAGAGACGGUAUGGCGUGAGCUCUGUCCAUGAUAUGGACUGUGUUUCCAGCAGGACUGUAGGGAGUCGCUCUCUGAGGCAAAGAUUGCAGGAUACUGUUGGACUGUGUUUCCCCGUGAGAACUUACAGCAAGCAGUCAAAACCCCUCUUUUCAAAUAAAAGAAAAAUACAUCUUUCUGAAUUAAUGCUUGAGAAAUGCCCUUUUCCUGCUGGCUCAGAUUUAGCCCAAAAAUGGCAUUUGAUUAAACAGCAUACAGCUCCUGUAAGCCCACAUUCAACGUUUUUUGAUACAUUUGAUCCAUCUUUGGUUUCCACAGAAGAUGAAGAAGAUAGGCUUAGAGAGAGAAGGCGGCUUAGUAUUGAAGAAGGGGUUGAUCCCCCUCCCAACGCACAAAUACAUACAUUCGAAGCUACCGCACAGGUUAAUCCGUUAUAUAAACUAGGACCAAAGUUAGCUCCUGGAAUGACUGAAAUAAGUGGAGACAGUUCUGCAAUUCCACAAGCUAAUUGUGACUCAGAAGAGGACACAACCACACUGUGUUUGCAGUCACGUAGGCAAAAGCAACGCCAGGGAUCUGGGGACUGCCAUGCCCAUGUUAGCAGACAGGGAGCUUGGAGAGUACAUACUCAGAUUGAUUACAUACACUGCCUUGUGCCCGAUUUGCUUCAGAUUACAGGUAAUCCCUGUUACUGGGGAGUGAUGGACCGUUAUGAAGCAGAAGCCCUUCUUGAAGGGAAACCAGAAGGCACGUUUUUGCUCAGGGACUCUGCACAAGAGGACUACCUCUUCUCUGUGAGCUUCCGUCGCUACAACAGAUCCCUGCAUGCCCGAAUUGAACAGUGGAAUCACAACUUCAGUUUUGAUGCCCAUGACCCGUGUGUGUUUCACUCUUCCACUGUGACAGGACUUUUGGAACAUUAUAAAGAUCCCAGUUCUUGCAUGUUUUUUGAACCAUUGCUUACUAUCUCACUCAAUAGGACUUUUCCUUUUAGCCUGCAAUACAUCUGCCGUGCAGUUAUCUGCAGGUGCACUACAUACGAUGGGAUUGAUGGGCUCCCUUUGCCAUCCAUGUUACAAGAUUUUUUAAAAGAGUAUCAUUAUAAACAAAAAGUUAGAGUUCGCUGGUUAGAACGAGAACCAGUCAAGGCGAAAUAAGACUCCUCUCCUAGAUCUGCUUCUAUGUGCACCAGGCAGUACACCUAGAGCAAGCCCACUUAUCAGUGUUAGGUUCUUUCAGUACAGUGUGUAAGCUUAAUGUUAGUAUCUGUCAGACGCAAUCUGUGGUUACUCAGAUAAACGUGGUGCCUAUUGAAACAACAGAGAGAGAGAACUACAGGUAUUUAUUUAAUAAGGCCUACAAAAAUGCUUUACCUAUUUAGCUAAAGGUUUGG